AUGGAAAUGCUUCUGUUUGGUAUCUGGACCCUACUGACAUUGAUCCCUUGCCCAGGGGCCAUAGAAGAGCUUUUUGAGGUUUCUGUUUGGCCAAAUCAGGCCCUAGUGGAAUUUGGACAGUCUCUAGUGAUCAACUGCAGCACAACCUGCCCAAAUCCAGGACCCAGUGGAAUUGAGACGUUCUUAAAGAAAAUCCAGGUGGGCAAAGGGCUUCAGUGGAAGGAGUUUCUCCUGGAAGAUGUCACAGAGAACUCUGUCCUGCAGUGCUUCUUCUCUUGUGCAGGGAUUCAAAAGGAUACAAGCCUGGACAUCAUUGUGUAUCAGCCACCAGAGCAGGUGAUCCUGGAGCUUCAGCCUGCAUGGGUGGCCGUGGAUGAAGCCUUUACAGUGAAGUGCCAAGUGCCCAGUGUGACACCCCUGGAGAACCUCACUCUUACCCUUCUCCAGGAUAACGAAGAACUGCACAGAAAGAACUUUGUGAGCAUGACUGUGGCCUCUCAAAGAGCUGAGGUCACCAUCAGUGUCAGAGCCCAAAGGGAGAAUGACAGGUGUAAUUUCUCCUGCCAUGCAGAAUUGGAUUUGAGUUCACAAGGUGGAGGGCUCUUUCAUGGCAACUCGGCUAUCAAGCUACUCCGGAUCUUUGAAUUCUCUCAGAGCCCCCAGAUCUGGAUCUCUUCCCUUCUGGAGGUUGGGAUGGCAGAGACUGUGAGCUGUAAGGUGUCCAGGGUGUUUCCAGCCAAAGAAGUUAUAUUCCUCAUGUUCCUGGGAGAUCAAGAGCUGAGCCCCUUCCUCUUCUGGAGAGAGGACACAGCAUGGGCCAAUGCCACUGUUCGGGCCAUGGAGACUGGUGAUCAGGAGCUGUCAUGCAUUGUGUCUCUGGGUCCAAUGGAACAGAAAACAAGGAAGUCCGUGUAUGUCUACAGUUUCCCUCCACCCAUCCUGGAGAUAGAAGAAUUAUAUCCUCUGGCAGGGACAGACAUUAAUGUGACCUGUUCAGGCCAUGUAUUAACAUCACCCAGCCCUACUCUUCAGCUACAGGGAGCCCCAACCCUCUCUGCUCCUGGGGAGACUGUAUGGCUUCUACUUACUGCCAGGGAGGAAGAUGAUGGCCGAAAUUUCUCCUGUGAGGCCUCUUUGGAAGUACAGGGUCAGCGGUUGGUUAAACACACUGUGACACAGCUUCAUGUCUUAUAUAAACCAAGGUUAGAGGAAUCUGGUUGUCCUGGAAACCAGACAUGGGUAGAAGGAAUGGAGCAGAUGCUUACCUGUGUCCCAGAGGGAAAUCCAGUUCCAGCUUUGGAGUGUACUUGGAAUGGGAUGAUCAUUGACCUUGAAGUGCCACAGAAGGCAACCCAGAACCACACAGGCACCUACUGCUGCACGGCCACUAACAAGCUGGGCUCUGUCAGCAAAGACAUUGAUGUCACUGUUGAAGGACUGGAUAAAGGAGUCAACUCUACCCUCUUCAUCAUCAUUGUCGUCCUUGGAGUAGGUGGCAUCACCUUAGCACUGUAUUUAAACUAUCGGCCCUGCAAAAUGAAGAGGAAGAAAUUGCCCUAUAGGCAGAAAAAGUAUAACAAAGAAGAAGAAGAUAAUCAGUUUGCUGUUCAACAAGCAGAAAAGUGUAAUUCACAUAAUUGUUGACUAGAAACAGCUCUUUGGUUGACAGAAUUACUACUGGGGUUCCCCAGGGAGGGAAGAGUGGACAGAGGAGAAAGGAAGAAACAACAUGAGGCUACAUUACCCUUUGUGUUAUGUUGUCCCAUAAAACAGACAUGUUUCAGGCCCCCCAUGUCCUUUGUGUCCAGUCCAUCCACAAGUUCACUUUUCUCUUUGGGUUCACUCCAGUCAAUAGGAUUUUCAUUUUCAUUUUCAGUGUUCAGCUAGUGAGAGGGUCAUAGAAGGCAACCCAGAACCAUCUUUCUAUGUGCCUAAUUGCCUAAUUGGAUCAUUCUUAGAUCUACAAAGAUCCUGCUUUUACAUCUUCAUUCCCACUACCCUUUUCUCUAUGAAAUUUGCCUCAUAGGUUAAGGCUGCAAACAUCUCUGAAUUUCUUUUCAUAAGCAAUUG